AUGGGCGUCUUGGUUAAGAUAGAUACCGGCUACCACCGUGCCGGCAUCACGACCUCGAGCCCGAAAUUCGGCCCACUCGUCGCUGCCAUACUCGCAAAAGACGAUACGAAAGGAGGAGAGGGAGCGAUAGCUCUGAGAGGCUUCUACUCGCACUUCGGACACAGCUACGCGGGCUCAUCCGAAGACGACGCCGCCUCGGGCCUCAUCGACGAACUCGUCGGCCUCGAGCAAGCCACGCACGCUGUUCCCGAGUCCGUACGCAGAGGGCUCAUCUUGUCUAUCGGAGCUACGCCUACAGCGACGGCAGCGCAGAACAUGCUCUCCUCCUCUUCGCCGCGUGUCGAUGAGUUCCACGCCACUCUAGCCAGAAUGAAAGAGCAGUACACUGUAGAGUUGCACGCUGGCGUGUAUCCGCUGCUCGACUGCCAGCAAGUCGCCACGCACGCCCGUCCGUCGUCAGGCGAGGCGAGAGACGGAUUCCAGCCGCUGAGCAAGGACAGCAUCGCGGUCCGCUUACUCGUCGAGGUCACUUCUGUAUACUCUGAGCGCGAGAAGCCCGAAGCGUUAGUCUCAGCGGGCAGCUUGGCGAUGGGGAGAGAGCCUUGUAAGAGCUACCCUGGGUGGGGCAUCGUGACGGGGUCGCUGGGGAACGCGAAGACGAGAUCGGUGUACGAUGAACGAGAGGAGAAGAUGGGAUGGAUAGUAGGGAAGAUCAGUCAGGAGCAUGGUAUUUUGACGUGGGAGGGGGACAGGUCGAAGUGCAACGAGCUGGCAGUUGGAGACAAGAUCGAGGUCUGGCCGAACCAUGCUUGUGUUGCUGGAGCUGGGUUUGGGUGGUAUCUUGUCGUCGACUCAGAGCUAGGAGGAGACAAGGUUGUGGAUGUGUGGCUAAGAUGGAGGGGCUGGUAG